UCCCAGCCAGAUGCGAGCUCCCUGUCUCACGUCUCCUUCCAUCUGCACGCUGUACACAUCCUAUUGGUCAGACGGCACCGGGUGUUGAUGGGCGGUGAUUCUGAUUGGCUGUCUCGGCUGUCGCUCAAAACCGACGACAGCAACGAUUGGCUGACGUCUCCCGGACCUCCGCAGCCGAUUGGUUGAUACGUCUCCGCCUGGCUGCCUAGGUGACAGGCCGAGUGGUGCUGAUGCUGUGACAAUGGGAGUCAUCCAGAUAAGCAUCAUCUGGACCGAGUGUGCUUAAAAACACAAGCGGCAGCACACAACGCGUUAACUAAAGGGAAAGGAAAGCAGCUGGGUAGAAACACGAGGAGGAAGCUCCAGCUGCUGCUCCGACAGGUCUAGCGAUGGGAGCGUUCAGCCGGCAGAAGUUUUUCCAGGAGCUUGCUCAUGGCUGCCUGCUGCCGACAGCUCAGCAGGGCCUGGAGCAAGUAUGGCAGCUGCUGGUUAUCUGCCUGCUGUGUCGGCUUCUCUGGAUGUUGGGCCUUCCUGCUUUUGUGAAACACCUGGGCACAGUAGCAGGAGGUUUCUACACCCUCUACCUGUUCUUUGAGCUUCACAUGAUCUGGGUGGUCCUCCUCAGCCUUCUCUGCUACCUCUUCCUCUUCCUGUGCCGCCACUCCACCAUCCGAGGCACCUUCCUCUCCAUCACUGUGCUCAUCUACCUGCUGCUGGGAGAGCUGCACAUGAUGGACACCACCAACUGGCACAAGAUGAGAGGUUCACAGAUGGUGGUCGCCAUGAAAGCCAUCUCUCUGGCCUUCGAUCUGGACAGAGGUGUCGUGGCCAGCGUGCCGUCACCCAUCGAGUUCAUGGGCUAUAUUUACUUUGUGGGCACAGUCAUCUUUGGUCCCUGGAUCAGCUUCAACAGCUACAAAGACGCUUUGGAAGGACAUAAGCUGAGCUUUUCGUGGCUUUCAAAAGUGUCUGUUAGCUGGGUGAAGAGCCAGGUCUGCCUUGUUGUUUCCAACUGCGUGGCACCCUACCUCUUCCCUUAUUUCAUACCGGUCUACGGAGACAAGCUACUACGAGGCAAAAAGAGGAGGAAGAUCAGAGGUACACCGGCAAAGUGGUUGCUGGCGUAUGAGAACACAAUGUCUUUCCACUUCAGCAAUUAUUUUGUUGGUUAUUUGAGCGAGACGACCACAACUCUGGCUGGAGCAGGCUUCACGGAAGAGAAAGACAACCUCAAAUGGGAUAUGACCGUAUCCAAGCCACUGAGUAUAGAGUUUCCCCGGUCGAUGGUGGAGGUGGUGACGUCGUGGAAUCUGCCCAUGUCUCGCUUUCUGCACACCUAUGUUUUUAAGAGUGCUCUCAAAUUCGGGACGUUCUCCGCCGUCAUGGUGACGUAUACGGCCAGCGCCCUUCUGCAUGGUUUGAGUUUUCAUCUGGGUGCAGUGCUCAUAUCUCUCGGGUUCAUCACGUACAUUGAGCAUGUGUUGCGGAAAAGGCUUGCAGCCAUUUUUAAUGCCUGUAUACUGUCAAAGAAGUGUCAGCCAAACUGCACUCACCGGAACAAAAAGAAGCUAUGGGUGUAUGUGAUUAACAUUGCAUUCAGCGCAUUGGCAAUCCUCCACCUGACGUACCUGGGCUCUGUGUUCAGCUCCAGCGUGGACUACAUGGAGGAGGAUGAGGACGAUAUAACCCAUCAUACCAUUCAGAAGUGGUCAGAGCUGAGCUGGACGAGCCACUGGCUCACAUUUGGAUGCUGGAUAUUGUACCGCCUCAUCCUCUAAUAAUAAGAGACGGAGAAAGUGAAGCAAUAAUGAGAGAUGUAAGGCUGGUUCUCCACUUCUGCACUGUGACUUUAUUCUGCAUCAGACCGAAGAGAACCGAAUCAACCUGUAUACGACAAUAAACCAACGAGCAGUGUUGGGGUUGCGCCGCAUGUGUGCUGGGUAAUCUAUUAAUCUCACCUGCUGGGGACUAGUUUUGAUAUCCAUGAAAUGAUAGCCCGCUCCUCCCUCCCCCUUUCCUCCGUAUCACAUCCUUUUUAUCUGAGCCGCAGUUGUCAAGCCCUCAUGUUGUGACAGCAGUUACUGAUGUCUCACUGUGAGUCGCAAUCAAUACCUAUCAGCAUGGUGGAGAUCGGCUGCUCCUCUCUGUGGACACACGAUAGAGCCCAUUAUCUAGGUUUCAGCGUCGACUGCAGCAGAUGUCCUGCAGAUGUGGUUUCCCCCCUCGCCACACGUGUUUUUACAAUCGUAUUUUGAGGUUUGAAGGAUAAGGCUGGUGAUAUUCUAUGGUUUAUUGUCUUAUUUUGAACAAAUCCCAUAGAAAGAAAAAAACAAUACGUCAGUAAGCCCAUCUCUGAAUACUUUAUCACUGUAGCUCUCAACCCUUUCUAUAUGUGUACAUUUUUAGGCUGAAUGUCUUUCUUAAGCACAUGGGCACUGUAGUUUUUAGCAAACGUUUCUCAGAAAGAGUAAAUUUGUAGGGAACUAUUUUCAGCAGCAGAUUAAUACACAUUUCAUGCUAUACUCAGUAGAGGGUGACACAAGAGUGGAUUUUGACUCCUGUCCCAUCCCUUACCUGUAUUUAUUCAUAUUAGACCUGCGUAUUUAUAUAUAAAAACUAGGGCUGUUAAAGUUAACGUGAUAAUAACGCCAUAACGCUAAUUUGUUUUAACGCCACCAAUUUCUUUAACGCAUU